AUGGAGAGAACGAGACAUAGAAGUACAGCAGUACAGAGUUAUAAACGGCCAAGUGAUGAAUUGCUGCAAAAAGUAACAAAUGUCUUACAAACACAAAAGAGUCCAAUUGCAAGUGAAGAAGAAGUAGAAUCCAACAAAGUUGUUGUGAAAACGAAGUGUGUGAAUAAGGAGCAAAGGAAAGACCUAUCGUCUAAAGUGCAGGUGAUGUUUACUCAUGGGGAUACUACAUUAAAUUUGAAUUUUGAGUGAAAUGAACAGUACUGAAUUAUGACUUGAACUACAGCAUAUUGAAGUUAGUUUAUUUGGGUGGGAAUUGGUGUGUGUUAAUGCUAUAAUUAUAGUGAAAAUGCUGGUGUUCUCACUUUGUAAAUUUUGGACAGCUUGUACUACUUUAGGUGUGAUUUUUUAUGAAUUCAUUAAAUAAUCAAUUUAAGCAAAGCUAUAAAUUGCGGUUAAUGGAGUAAUAUGUUCUGAAGGCUCUAUCUGCCCGAGGGUGUUUUCAGUCUGCCAACGCAUCUGCGUCACAACAAUCAAUCCGUACCAGGUACGUACAAGGUCCAAGUACCUUGGCAGAACAAGGGAACCGUUUUCUAGCCCUGUUAAUAUUACAAAAUAUCUGAUAAAUAUCGAACUUUGGCUGCUAAGCAUGUGAACAACUGAUGCAAACUUGGGAUUAACCAAUCAGAAAUUAUCCUGAAGGUUUUUUCCUUCACGUGCAUACGUACAAUGGCCCUCUCUUUGCGCAAGGACUUUUGAUCGCAAUGUCGACGUGCACUGCUCAUUCGCAAGACUUUAGCCAGUGCGUUAACAUCUCUGGCAAAAUUUUUGGCUAAUAAUUUAAGGGACCAAACCUUGGCAAAGAAGUGGAAAUUUAAAAAAAGCUAUGAACUGUCUAUAUGUGUUGUAAUGUUCCUGCAUGAAUUGUGAGGACGAGGUUUUACUGAGGUUUAACUGGUAGUUUAUAAUGCUCAGAAUCUUCUAUAAUCCAGUUUAAACAAUGGCAAAUUCAAAAUAUAACGUUACUUGGAUACUUGCAGGAAUAAAAUGGUUAUAAACACUUUAUACUGGUUGUAGAAAAAGCAGCUAGUUCAAAAUGCCAGCCUACUUGUAAACCCGCAGAGUAAAAGGGUACUAUGCUACUAUUAUAUAUAACCCUCGCUCCGACGUUAUCGUUUGCAGUCUUAGGUAUGGUGCUGUUUACCAUGAUGCUGAUUCUUCUUACACUUGUAAAGAUAGAGCUAUGUGGGGAGCUGCGGGUGGUCUUGGCCCUACCCAGGUUUUCCUGUACUGCAGGUUUUUUUCCUGGCCUCCCUGAUUACCCAGCCUUAGCAUAAGUGUCAGCAUCAAGUGAACAGCAUUCUCUAGUGAACCUCGGGCCUUUUGACUUCGUUAAAUUGACAUAGCUGGAGUCGGCAAUGAACUGAAAUGGGUCUGCAAUUAGUCCUUUCAUAUAAAAACAACAACAAAGUUCAAACAUUUAACGAAUCUGCUUAAUAUUGACAUGCUAAACGCAAAGCCAAAAACAAAUUUUUAUUCUUUAACCACCCCUUUUUCACUUUUGUGCUGCUUCCCGUGGCGGAAACGACAACCUAUACUUCGUAUAGACUGUCAUUAAUGGCAGGGAAGUGCUGUCCGAUGGACAACACUUCACCACGUGAAGCGCAAUCACUGCUCAUUCAGGUCGCACUGAAGACCUGAAUGAGCAGUCCUAGAGACUCGAUGUGGUCAGUCAGGUUAUCAGUUGCGGCCCGGGGUAAUGUGCCCUAUACCAAUAGUUGUUCACCAGUCCAACUAGGUCUCAAUGUCGACGGCCUGACGGAUCUGAACGGGGGUUCGCCUGUUCCCCUGUUAUCUAGAGGUCCGCCUGUUCCUCUAGAACAACCUACAGUUUUUGCGUGUAUCCUCAGCCAGCUUUGAGUACCCUGGGUAAUGUGCCCUACACCAAUAGUUGUUCACCAGUCCAACUAGGUCUCAGCUCGCUGAACGACAUGCACAGAGUCAAGCAUGCCCCCUGCAGUCUAGAGAUUCGCCUGUUUCUCUAGAUCAAACUUAGGUUAGCGAGAGCCUCUAGACAGUUCGGCCGGAACUGUUUUCGAGCACUUCUCUGCCCAAAAUAUAUGCCACAAAAAUGUGUUCCAAGUUAUUGUUGUCUUGCUUAGUUGCCAGUUGUUCGAUUUUAACUAUCUGUCUCUUUUCCAACAUAUUCAACUUCAUUAACCACUCUAUUGAAUUAAUUAGUGAGUCUAUAUAGACUCACCAGUGACUCUAUAUAGACUCACUAGUGACUCUAGAUAGAGUCACUGAUGAAUUCAAUAGAGUGGUUAAUGAAUUCAAUAGAGUGUCUAAUGAUUUAAUCUUUUAAUUAAACCUUUUUUGUUUUUUUUAACCCCACAUUUUCCCUAGGCUUCAAAGCCCUCGCCACUUGAUGAUUUAACACACUAUGAGAUAUAAUAUAGAGCAAUAAAAUACUCAAGGCUGAGUGGGUGCAGUCAUUCCCUAAGCCCACCUCAACACUGAAAAAACUAACACUAAUAGGGAUUUUAUUUUAGAUUUAGCCAAGGACUUAGGAGAACAUGCAAAUGUCAGUUGAAGUCGGUGACAGUGUGUAAUUGCCAAAAACAAGGCUGCAUUUUCUUAGAAUUCAAAGUGGCUUGUAUGCAUGGUUGUAUAUUUUAAAACAGCCUCAUAAUCACUAUGCAGCUGUAUCUGAAAGUUUAUAUAUUUUAUAAAUAAAGUAUAAAAAUAUCCAUAGUUGAGGAGCACAUGUUAAAAACCAAAAAUAUUUAAAAGUAUAUAAGAUUUUAUCAAUAUAUACCGAUACGAAUGUCAAGUACAUAUUUAUACUAAAAGCGAAAGAGGGCAAAAAUACAAAACUGUGUAUAGUAUAAAGUACUAUAUAAACAAACACCUCCGAACCAAAAUACUUUAAAUAACGUUUUAAAUAUUAGAAUACAGAACUGAAAUCAAGGGAACAACUUAUUGACUAUUAAAUGUUAUUCCUAUAACCAGAUGCAAUCAUUCACAUUGACUAUAAUUAGGCUUAGCAAUUUGUGAAUUGGAACAAAAACGUGACACAAAUUGUCAAUUCCACAAAGCUUAAAAUGACACUUAUCCGUUAUAAAUUAGAAAUCCAGUACAAACACCUGUCAGUAAUAUUUAAUUUUCAAAAAAAAUUCAUCCGAUCGUUAGUUAAAACGCGAAUUCACCUGUUUUUAUUGCUAAGGCUAUUCUUUUGCAGGACAUCUGCGAAGCGUGUUCACAUCUCGCCUCCUCAACGCAUUUUCUUCACCAUUAUUUCACAGAACUUCAUGAAAUCACACCUGCAUGUAGUUAAAAGUUGGCUGGUUGUUUUCCUGUAGAUAAAAGUUAUCACUGGAUACAAGUUAGUGUUAAAAUCCUCCAUUUCAUAUUCAAAGCAAAAAAAUUAAAAAUUGCUACAACAAAAAAAAGUUCAGAAUAAAUUAAUCUAAAAUCGAUUGUAUAUGUAAAUCGACUUUGAAUUCGCAAGCACAUGCUAUUCCACUGAGCUACUAGCAAAUUCUCGAUAAAACACCUUCGGACAUCAAUGUACGCUGUCUUGAAAAAACAGCAUUGCACUAUUAUGGUUUAUUACUGUUUAUCAAGUUUUCUACUAUUGUAUAAAAAGUAUAUAAUCUUUCAUUUAGGCUGGUGCUCUAGUACAAACUGAUAUGUACCUCUUCUUAACCAACAAAGACUAUCCAAGAAACAAUAACAUGAGACCUGGCACAUGGCGGGAAGCUGUUAUGGCUCUGCACUGUGAAAUGGCUACCAACCCCACAAUUGUCUCUUCAGCUCAUUUGUUAUGA